AUGGCUGCAGAGAGGAGAGCAAGAUGGAGAAGAGAGAUUGAUUGGCUUCUCUCUGUGACCAACUACGUCGUUGAGUUUGCUCCAUCUCAGCAAAAAAACAAAGAUGGAACCGAAAUGGAGAUAAUGACUACACGGCAACGUACUGACCUCCACAUGAACAUCCCCGCCUUAAGGAAAUUGGACGCUAUGCUCAUUGAUUGUCUAGAGAAUUUCAAGGACCAAAGCGAGUUCAGCUAUGUUUCAAAAGACUCACCUGAUUCGGACAAGAGAAAUGACGAGAAAUGGUGGAUUCCGACCGUCAAAGUUCCGCCAGAUGGUUUAUCCCAAGCUUCAAGAAGGUUCUUGCAGUACCAGAAAGAUUGUGUGAACCAGGUUCUCAAGGCAGCCAUGGCCAUAAACGCGCAGGUCUUGUUCGAAAUGGAGAUCCCUGAGAGCUACAUCGACUCACUCCCCAAGAACGGGAGGGCUAGUCUCGGGGAUCAGAUGUACAAGAAUAUAACGGUGGACUUCUUCGACCCGGACCAGUUCCUGGGCACCAUGGACAUGUCGUCGGAGCACAAGAUCGUCGACCUCAAAAACAGAAUCGAGGCAUCAAUCAUCAUAUGGAAACGUAAAAUGGUGCACAAAGACACCAAAUCAUCGGCCCCGUGGGCCUCGGGGGUCAGUUUGGAGAAGAGAGAGGUCUUCGAAGAGCGAGCUGAGACCAUUUUGCUCAUUCUCAAGCAUAGAUACCCUGGGAUUUCUCAGUCCUCCCUCGACAUCAGCAAAAUCCAGUUCAACAAGGACGUGGGUCACGCGGUGUUGGAGAGCUACUCGAGAAUACUGGAGAGCUUGGCGUACACGGUGCUGUCGAGAAUUGACGACGUUCUAGAGGCAGAUCGAGCGGUGAACAAGAGGGAGCCAGAGGACGUGGCCGUGGAGACGCUGGUUGGGAGUAUGACGUUGUCGGAUUUCAUGGGAUGGGAAGUCGAGCAGGGGAACGCCGACUUGGAUGCGAAGAAGGAAACGUCGGACGAUCAAUUGGUGAAGGAGAAGAUAGGUGUCGUCACCACCAAGAAGAUCUCAUACCUCGAAACCCUAGGCGGCGUCAAUAGUCCAACGGCGCGGCAUUGA